UACCUCUUCUAUCCUUCAUGGUGUUGUGGGCGAAGGCCAGCGUGUGUAUGCUGCCUAUGGCAAAGAAGAGUAUGGACUUCCAAUGGACGACCAAGAGUUGGAUCGCAUGGAUUUGUGCCACACCAAAUACUACGCUCUAUUGAAGCAGCGACGCUUUCUAUCACCGAUUGGCGAGAACCCCCAGAGGAUACUGGAUCUAGGAUGCGGCACAGGUAUAUGGUGCGUUGAGGUCGCCGAUGAUUACCCCGGGGCACAGGUUGUUGGCGUUGAUAUAGCCCCAACACAACCACAAUGGGUACCGCCAAACUGCCAGUUCGAGCUCGACGACAUCGAACAAAACUGGACGUGGAAAUCAGAUAGCGCCGACUUCAUAUUCUCUCGUGAUUUGAUUUUAUCAAUACGAAAUUUUCCCAGGUUAAUUGACCAAGCAUACAGGCAUCUAAAACCUGGUGGAUGGAUUGAAUUUCAAUGCUAUACCGGAUUGUUACAUUGCGACGACGGCACAUUAUCUGAUGAGAGUACGUUUCGGAACUGGGCGAAUCUCACGAAGACGGCAUGCGAAAGAUUUGGCACUCCAGUGGAUGAUCCGACCCGAUUUAAACAGUGGUUUGAAGAACGCGGAUUCGAAUGCGUAACGGAAGAGGUGUACAAGAUGCCCUGUACGCCCUGGGCUAAGGACCAACGCUUGAAGCUCAUUGGAGCGUGGGAACAACACAACUUGAUGAAUCAUUUAGAGGGCAUGACCAUGCGGUUAUUCCAAAAGAGCCUGGGUUGGACAGAAGAGGAGAUUUUGGUAAUUUCCGCCAUGCUGCGAAAGGAAUUGCGAGAUCUGGGCGUCCAUGCCUACUGGCCUUACUACGUUGUAUACGCUCGUAAGCCCGUGAGACCGACGGGCCAAUAGUUGACUGAGACUUUUUUUUGCUUGCCCUUUUAGUGGUUUUCACUGACUUCGGUUUGAUGCGUAUGGCGACAGGGGUGCAUACGCCGACUAAUCUUUGGAAAUGCUGCCUUGAUAUGGGAAUAGUAGAAAAGACCACCUCGAAGAUGCCGCCAAGGAAGAUGCAGUUACAUACACUAAUACCCGAUAUGGCGCUCGAACAACCUCGAUAUGCCGAAUGAGAAGACUUCAUUGGCGGUAAAGUCAUUGUCAGCUGCCUUCACCGCUCCACCGCUACUCUGGUUG